AUGGCCUACGACUACGCCGGCUCCUGGUCCACCACCUCGGCCCACCAAGCCAAUCUCCACCCGCUCACCCCCAACACCACCACGCCCUUCUCCACCGACGCCGCCGUGGCCGACUACAUCGCGGCCGGCGUGCCCGCCUCCCAAAUCGUCCUGGGCAUGCCCAUCUACGGGCGUGGGUUCACGGGCACGGCCGGGCUGGGAAAGCCGUACACGGGCGUGGGGCAGGGGACGUGGGAGAAGGGCGUGUGGGAUUACAAGGCGCUGCCGAAGCCGGGGGCCGAGGUGCGGUAUGAUGAGGCGGCCGGGGCGAGUUACAGCUAUGAUGCGGCGGCGCAGGAGCUGAUUAGCUUUGAUACGGUGGAGAUGGUGCAGAGGAAGGUGGGGUGGAAGGGGGUGGAUUGGGUGUUCGAGCUGGGGUUACCGAACAUCCUCGGCACCUAA